GAAAUGAUAAAACUGCCAUUACAGCUAACAUAACUCUUGGAGGAGGUGGAAAAAUCAGCUUAAUCUUAAAUCCCACUGAACCUGAUACAACAGUGUAUUCGAAUGCUGGGCAAGUAUCCACAUUUACAGUAGCAGCUGGCACGCAAAAUGUGACAAUAGUAGCUGAAAAAGCGUCAGGCUCUGCCUUAGCAGGAAUACUUGCCUCAUUCAGCAACGGAAUUGUCACAGAUGAUUUGUGGAGUUGUAGCAAAAACUCUAACGAUCUAAAAUGGGAAAAAGCCUCAACAUAUAGAAGAAAUGAUUUGAACAUUAGCCGGAACCGAGCCAUUUCGCAAAUCAAACAGAAUGCGCAAUGGAUAUGGGUAAAAAAAUUGAGCGCAUCCAGGGUGCGGUGUAAACGAAAACUAGGUGAGUCAUGCAUGAGGUACCUUGUAUCAUAUCCGAAACAAUUUAGCAUUAUGUAUAUAGCCGGUUUUCCACUAUGUGAAAGUUUGCGCGCGGAGCAGAAUUUUUCUUUGUCUUGUGAUUUCUCGGGUGAAAUUACUGAUUAGAAAAAAACACAGAAAAAUGUAUGUCCGCACCGCGCGCAAAUUUCCGCCUAGUUGAAAAACAGCUUACGAUUGCUAAUAUUUUGCUUUUCUGAGCUUAAAAGUUACUGCAUGUAUAAUUUAUUCAUGAAUACUUGACUUAUAUGGGCUGUUUAUAUAGAUACUGGGCUGGCUCCCUUGGCGAGACAGCCUACGGUAAGCGAGAUCUCGCCGCGUAUAGUUAUUUUUAUAGUUAAAGCUACUUUGUGAUUUAUAUGGACAACCGGGCUGGCUCGGUUUCUGCCAGCCCGGUUCCCGAGAUCUCGGUUGAGAAAGGUGAGAUCUAGCUUACCUGGAUGAAAAUGUCUCUGUAUAAACACUCACUGGGCCGUUAGCUAUUUUAGCAAGUGUCAAAACAAUGUCAAAACAACAAAAUUGUCCCGACAAACGAGAUGGAAUUUUCUCACAUAUGAACACAAGAGAAAUUCAUCUCGCUUACCGGGCUUUACAGGCUCAGCCCCUUAUGUGGGGAACAUUUCCUCACAUUGGUUUUGGCUCCCAACAAUGCAUGAGUCGGGUCAUUAAGGAAGACAAGUGUACUUUCAUGGAGUGAUAAAAUUAAAUUUUCUUCAUUAAGUGGGGUUAAACACCUGCUUGACUCAACCUAACAAUAAAUACCUACCGAUAAAAUAAUUAUCACUUAUUUACUGAGACCGAGGGAAACAACAACGGCGGUCGAGGGGCCACAAAACACACUGCUUUCCCGAGGUCUCAGUAAAUAAGUGUUUUGUUAUAUAGUAUAUAAGUGGCAAAGUAUGAAUAAUUCACCGGUUAUUGGAAUGAACUUAAUUUGAAACCAAAACCGGAUAAAUGGAAUGCCGUAAAUGUUUAGUAAAAAGUUUAAAAAAUGAACUUUGGAACUUCACGGUUGACACGCAUGCGUAUUGCACCCAUUUUAGUAUUGACCGGUCAAUAAAUGUUUGAUUGCGGACCGGUUGCCGAACAUGACGUUUUGUGGACCGGCACGUGACACGGUUUUGACCAAUCUGCAAACAGAAAAAUUGAACUUUGACACUAAAUAUAUAACAACAAGGUUUAUAGGCCAAGUAUUAUAUAAUAUUAUAUAAUUUUACUCUACAUGUUAAUUGUAAUUUACCAUUCAUUUUGCUGACAUACGUCCAGUACUAAACGCCAUUUUUCUCGCAAAUUUUAUUCUGUGAAGACACUACCAAGAUCAACCUGGCCAUAGAGAACGAAAAUGGGAAUAUUACCAAAGAAAUAACUGUAAAACACAAGAAGGGAAAACGUGCAAGUUUUACCUUGUCAGAAAAUGCAACAUUUCGAAUUGUUAUUCUAUGGGAAAAUUCUGAUAUAACUAUUGCAUUCUUUCACAAUGACAUUUCCAAACACGAGUAUUGGGAGUGUACAGGAGGCAAUAUGUGUACAUCAGCUAGAUGUGAUGGCUCACAUCUGAAUUGGAGAAAAGCCUAUACUUGUGGUUCAAAGAUUGACUGGUGUUCGAUAUUCCCCCCAAAUCUGCAAUGGAUAUGGCGAAGUCGUCUCACCUCCAACAUUCGGUGCAGAAAAACUACUG